CUAAGGUUCUGUUCGCAGUGUGAUUGGCGAUGAGUUAAUGGGUGUAUGUGUCCCACAUAUUUCUCAGUCCCUACUACUAGUAGUAAGGAACCUGGUAGUUGAAAAGUAUGCAUUAUUUUCUUUACCGAGACCUCUUGCAGCUGUUGCGCAUAGCGAUGGUACCAGCAGCUCGACUGAUAUGAGGCACCCCCCGAAACAUCCAAAGAAGUACAGCGGAGCGCAAACUGAGCUUCUGCUCUCUUAUUGAUGGCCAGAAAGAGUCCUGGGUGGUAGAGGCUGCAUGGUCGCGUUUUUCGGGAGUCA